GGAUUGUGUAAGCACCAAGUGUGGACCUCCGAGUAACCAGGGAAACGAGGCGGAGCGAGGUGGAGCAGGGGCCACUCUACAUCUGAAGGGCAAGUUGGGGAUCUGAGCGAUCCAGUAAAGCACCUGCAUGCAGCCCUGACUUUACUAGCUGGGGAAAUCUCUUGCGGUUUGCACUGUGGCUACCUGCUGUCUUGUCUAGAACAGGAUUUGGGACCCCACACAGACAAGACAUGUGGUGUAGGAUAGGAAUGGCCACCACAUAAUGUGAUAGCAGGAUCUCAUGAGCUGAAAAACAAAGGAUAACUACCACUGAGCUACGUUGGGAGGAGACGGGAGCCCAGGGGAACAUUAGCCAUGCUGACGCCAUGGAGAUUGUUUCUCUGCCAGAUGGCUCUAAACAUAUUCUAUCACAUCGCAAAAGCCAGCCUAUGCCUUGGUGGUCAGGAUAUAUUUGCCACGGUCAGAGAGAAUAGUCCUACAGGAGAGUUCAUAGCCAACUUCAGUAUCAAUGGAGACCCAGGAGCCAAUAGCAUUCAUCUGUGUCUCACAGGAGAGAGUGCUGAUUGGUUCUACCUCGAGGGCCGAACAAUCAGACUGAACUCAUCACUUUCUAGGACCUUAGAUCGAGAGGUCCUUGGAUCAGUCCUGAUAGCUGCUUUGGCAUGUUACGAAGAUGAAACAAUACGGAGUCGAUACAGAAUCAUGGUGGAGAUAUUGAAUGAAAAUGACAACAUGCCACACUUUCUUGAAGACACCAUUCAGCCGAGAUACAUAAGCGAACUGAUGGCUGUAAAUUCGAUGGUGUUCACAGUGAAAGCCAAAGAUGCUGACGGAGACACGAUCACUUAUAUGACUGAUAAAUCCUCACCUGAUGCCAGCUACUUCAGAAUAGAUCUGCCCAACAGUGGGAUAGUGAUUCUGGACAAACCACUAGACUUUGAGACCAAAACCCAGCUGCAGGUGGUCAUAUAUGCUCUGGAAAUGAACACAAAAGAAAAGUACAGCACAACAGCUACAGUCACAGUGAAUGUUCUAGAUGGUGAUGACCAGUAUCCACACUUUCUGCCCUGCGCUCCUGUUUAUGAAGAUGGUGAUCAUACCAUCUGCACCAACCCUGUCUACACUGUCAACAUCACAGAGACAGAUGAGGAUGCUGUUCUGUAUUUCUCACCUGGUCCCAUACAUGCUGAGGAUGGAGACAAAGACAUCCAGACUCCUCUGGUCUACUGCAUACUGUCUGGUGAUGACAAUGGGAGAUUUACAAUUGACCCUGAAACGGGAGAGAUCACUCUUCGGCAACGUGUGGAAAACAGACUCCUCACCCCUUCGUUCAGGCUGCGCAUAAUGGUUGGGCAAGUGAACGACCCCAAGAAAUAUUCUGUGGCAACAGCACUAGUACAUGUGAUUUCUGAAAACCAAUUUGCUCCUUACUUCAACAAGACCAUCUACAAAGGGUUCCUCAUCGAGAACGCCAGCCCUGCUACACUGGUCACUACCUACAGGAAUCAAGUCCUGGUUGUCCAGGCCAUCGAUAGAGACUUCAGAGAUGGAAUCAACCCAAAAGUCUACUACACAGUGAAACCCAUGAUGGGCACAGAUAAACUGUAUCACAUCACCCAGGAUGGCAUUGUGAUUGCAAAGACUGACCACCUUAGAGCCUUUGAUCGACACAUCAUGGAGGUGAUUGCAAUAGAUGAAGAGUCAGGUGAGACUGCCCAUGCUUCAGUAGACAUAGAAGUUCUACAGAUGGGGCAACCAGUUCCCAGAAGUCAGUUUGGAGAAGAACAGCCAUCUGGAGACAUGAAUGUGGGUAUGGCUGGUGGCAUUGCUGCUCUUGUUCUGAUAGCGGCCAUGACAACACUUUUUAUCCUCCUCUGGCUGGCAAAGCGACGGAGAGAAAGACAGGAUCCAGAAGACAGGGGCUCUGUACCACUGGGAAAGCACCCUAAUGUAGUCAAUUCAGGAUGUUCCAUUCCACUCAUAGAGGACGCCUCCUACCACAAUGAGGCAUACGUCGGCUAUGAAUUCCCAAGUUCCAAUGGUUUGACUGGAAAAUAUGGACUGUACACUAAAAGAGAUGAAAUCCCCUCUCCACCAACCAGAGCAUGCGGCUCUAGAGAGUCUGAUAGCCCCAUGCCCCUCCAAGUCAUGCUACCCAUCCUGGUGAUUCCAGAAAUAACAUCAAUAAACAACUCAUCCUCUGUUUUGACCUAUGAGAAAGCAGCUGAAACGUCAGUUUCUUUUAAGAAUGAGGAAGGUCAAGAGAUUUUGCCCAGAAAAGAGGAAGGGCAGAUUUUGAUCAGAGAUAGUCAAAUGGAGACAAGAGAGGAUCCUUUCAUGCCUGUCUUACAGCAGUCUACUUUCAUCACUAAAGCAAUGGUGAUAGAAAAUACUGCUGCAAAUUCUGAGAAAGUUUCAGGUAAUCACAUCUGUUAUCCAAAUCCUUCUGUAGGGUCCAGAGAAAAAUAUAUACUACAAGGCGUUGCAAAUUAUGGAGAUGACAGUGAUGAUGAUGGAAAUCCAUACAAGGACAUGCUCUCUGUCAUAUACAGCAGCGUUGAUGAAGACACACUGGAUGACGAGCCUAAUGAACUAAGGGACUAUCACAAACAUGGACAAAACCAGUUUACAAUGGACCAAAAGAAGGAAACUGAUUGGAAAGAGAAGAUUCAAUAAAUCAUUUGAACAAUUGAAAUCAAAUGAUGAACCCACAGAGCAGAUGAAUCUCAAAUCUGACUCCUCAACCACAGGAAUGUUAACUUUUGUGGAUGAUUCGAUUGAAUUUUAAUAUUUUAAACAUGUUGCUAUAAUGAAAAAGCCAAAUCCUUCUACAUAUAAAAAUAUGGAAAAGGAUCCAAAAGGGAAAUAGCAAAAAACUCAUAGAAAAAUGGUAGUGUAGAUAUUUACGCAAAUUACAUUUUAUAUUUCUCUUCUCUUCAUGUUGGACUGGUCAAAGAAUGCUAUGUUUUUUGUGGACUGCACAUGAUCAGCCUUAAUUAAGCACAUGAUCGAAGCUUGGGCAACUGCCAUUAAGGAAAAAUUGAAAAAUGCUCUUGCUACAGUAAAUUUGCAUUGACAUUUGAAUAUUGUAUCCAUCUCUUGUAUUUUACAGUAGAUUAAGAUAUUCAGAUUGACAUUUCUGUCAAAAAUGUAAGUAGACGGAGUACAUAAUCUAAAUAAAUUUGUACUAUGACUGGAAUUUUCUGAUUUAACUUGACAUUGAUUUAAUGAACAAUAAGACUCAAACAGAUAUGUUGUAGGUUUAAAGAGUCAAAUGUUGCAGUGACCAAAUAUGCGGUUAACAAAUGUACUGUAAUUUUUCCUGACACAAUGAAUUGUAGCAUUAGGAAAAUAAAUACUUAUAGAGUAAAAAAUGACAAUAGAGUAAUAUCCAUGUUUGACCUGCCCAAAAGGUAAAACUUGUAAAAUAUAUUGCAAUAUGAUUCAAUUGUAGUUUGGUUGUAGGACAUUCUGGUGC